GCAGUGACAGGAGACCUAUUAUUUUGCGGUUUCUGUCAAGUUCCUGAUUUUCAUCUGCUCUUGAAGACGAGCAGGAACUCGGCGCACAGGCCCAGUCUGGAGCAUACCCUGAGACACUCUGAAUUGAGCUCGCAGGCGCAGGGCCCCAGGCAGGAUUAUUAGUGAAGAACCUCUAUGGCCACUUCAAGAUGACAAGCACACAUUGGACUAAAUUGCUUCACUGAACGGAAGCUUCCUAUUAUACAAAAAAAAAAAAAAGGCCUCCCCUCCGGAAGGUACAAGAUGACCAAUUCCAGCACCACACAGCCUCCAGAGGAGUCCUGCUCGCGGAACACCGUCAUAACUCAGCAGAUCGUUCCUGUGCUGUACCUCGUGGUCUUCGUCGCGGGGAUCCUGCUCAAUGGUGUAUCUGGAUGGAUAUUCUUUUACGUGCCAAGCUCCAAGAGUUUCAUCGUCUAUCUCAAGAACAUUGUUGUUGCUGACUUUCUGAUGAGCCUGACUUUUCCCUUCAAGAUUCUGGCCGAUUCGGGCCUGGGGCCCUGGCAGAUCCACGUGUUUGUGUGCAGGGUCUCCGCUGUGCUCUUCUACGUCAACAUGUAUGUCAGCAUCGUGUUCUUUGGCUUCAUCAGCUUUGACAGAUACUAUAAAAUCGUGAAGCCUCUUUUGACUUCUUUCAUCCAUUCCGUCAAUUACAGCAAACUCCUGUCAGUGAUGGUGUGGGUGCUCAUGCUCCUGCUGGCUGUCCCCAACAUCAUCCUGACCAACCAGAACGUGAGCAACGUGAAGGUUACACGCAUAAAAUGCGUGACACUUAAAAACGAACUGGGACUAAAGUGGCAUAAAGCCUCAAACUACAUCUUUGUGGGCAUCUUCUGGGUUGUGUUUUUUUUGUUGAUCUUUUUCUACACUGCUAUCACGAGGAAAAUCUUCAAGUCCCACCUUAAGUCCAGAAGGAAUUCCAUUUCGGUCAAGAGGAAAUCUAGCCGCAAUAUAUUCAGCAUCAUGUUUGUAUUUUUUGUCUGUUUUGUACCUUACCACACUGCAAGAAUCCCCUACACGCAGAGCCAAACAGAAGCUCAUUACAGCUGCCGAUCAAAAGAAAUUUUGCUCUAUGUAAAAGAAUUCACUCUGCUCUUGUCGGCUGCAAACGUAUGCCUAGAUCCUAUUAUUUAUUUCUUCCUAUGCCAGCCCUUUAGAGAAACCUUAUGUAAGAAACUGCAUAUCCCUUUCAAACCUCAACAUGACUCAGAAACAUCCAAAACCAAAAGAGAAAAUACGACGCAUGAAAGCACAGACACACUGUGAAUUCCCACCUCCUUUCAAACAAAAUCCAUGUACACGUAUUUGCAAUCUUCAGCUACAGAAGAAGAAGAAACAUGUCCAUGCUGAUAAGUAUCAUCGCUAGGCAUUACAAUCCAAUUCAGUUAAUAAACACAAAAUAGAAGUUUCCUUGCUUUUUUGUAAUAUCAGAGAAAAAAGUAAUACAUGCAUUACUCCAUUUUGUUCCAUCAACAAAGAUGAUUUAAAUCACUAGCCUGGUCAGUUAAUGUAGAAAUUUAAAUAGCAUAAAGAAAAUAGGAAGCAAGCAAGGCAAUUCACUGGGGCAUCUUCCUUCUCUAAAACACAAAAAUUAAGUUAUAUGAUUUUCUUUCAGCAGGGUCACCAAAGACCAACUUAAGACAGGCACAGUCUGAUUAAAGAACUAGAGAUCUGUUUGUAGUGAAACAAGUUUUUUCUGAUUUGAAGAAGAUAAGCAGACACCAAGAAAAUUACUUAAGAAAUCCCCUAUGACUUAUCGUCAUGGCAUUUCAAAGGAAAGUUGAUAGAAAUUCUGUUCUUUACAGAAAAACAGUAAUAUUUUUUUCUGAUAGCAUUUUGAGGUUAAUAUAAGAUACAUUUUAAGUAUGUUUUAUAGGAAGACUUAUUAAUCUACUUAAUAAGCCUGGAGUUCUGGUGUUAAAAUAUUUUUAAGUGGACUCUAUUGAAGGAAGCUAGAUAUUGGUAUGCGCUGCCAGCAACCUUCCCUGUUCAAUGGUAUGGGGGGAAAAAGGCUGAUUGGGACAAAGACACACACAUACACACAUCUAGGAGCAGCGGAAGCAGUUUUCUUGGAAAGCAACCGGUACUUGGAAAAAGUAAAAUCUGAGAUUUACAAUUAUGAGUGAAAAAUUACACAUAAAAUGAAAAUUUACAGAUCACAUUUUUGGAAAAGCAGAUGAAUUUAAAAUGUGCAGAUAUGGAAUAUGGUUGCUGGCUUGUGAGUUAUUGACUGGCCAGAAGACAUCCAGGCCACCUUCUAAAAGUUCUUCUCAAACAUUUUUUAAGUCACGUGUAUGUACUUUUUUCCUUUACUGCAUAUGUAC